UACUAAAUUAUUACAUUAGUGAACAAGAUAACUGAAUUCUGAUUUAUAAAAAGUAAGUUUUAUUGAGUAAAAUUUGAUUUUUCAUCUUUAACCUGAAUUUUCAGAUAGUAACAGAAUGAAAUCUAAGAAUUUGACUAUUUUUGUAUUAUUAGCUGUAACUUUCCAAUUCGCUCGUUGUGGUUUGUUGGAUAAACGAAGCAGAUAUAGUGAAUAUUUUGAUAAGUUAAAAGAAUUGAUUGGUCAAAGUGGAAAUUCGAACCCUGAAUCAGGAUCAACACCUCCUGCAUCAACAUACGGUCCAUCGACAUACGGUCCAUCAACCGAACAAUACGUUGCGGCCAGUUCAAAUAAUGUCGAAUCUUCAGUGUCAGCAAAAGACUCUUCAAGUAGCUCUUCUCAAGGAUAUAUUCCAAAUAUUGGUGGUAGUUACAAGCCUCCAACUGAGUUUGCAGGAUAUGAAAUACCGCAAAUACCUUCAGGAUAUAAUCCUCAAAUGCCUAGUGGAAUGCCUCAAAUGCCAACAGGGUAUAAGCCUCCUCAAAUACCAUCAGGGUAUAAGCCUCCUCAAAUUCCCGGUGGAUACAAAAUUCCCGGUAUAUCUAAAUAGUGCAAUUGCAUGAUUACACAAAUCAUUUUAAUUAUUUCUUAUAUUUAUGUUCAUAAUUUGCAAUAAAAUUAUACUGUUUGUUUUAAUUACUUUAAUAAAGUGUAUCUACUUAAUAUUUUAUCAA